AUGAAGGAAUUUGGUAUGACUGUAAACAAAAGUGCAGUAGAGAAAAAUAUCCAAACAAAAUGUGCAAGAACAAAUAACACAGAGGUGGAAAGAGAUACACAAAAAAAGUUAGACUCGCAUACAUGCAUCAACAAUUUAAUGUCUUCCAAUCGAAAUGAUAACAAUUUAAUGAUACACAACAAACACGAGAAAAACGCUUUAGAUAAUAUAGAAAACUGCGAAAAAGUUAUUAACGAAAAAAAUUUUAAUAAAGGAAGAAAUGUAAAUAAUUGUCGAAAAUUUGAACAUGAAAAUAUGUUAGAAAUGAGUAAGUACGAAUAUGAAAAUGAUGACGUUUCUUCGUGUGAAGAUGGAUUUGCUGAAUCGAUUGACAGUAACAAUUUAAGUUAUUCUGAUGAAGAGGAAAGAGGACAAAUAGACCAACUUAAUGAUCACCAUAACAAUGAUGUAUAUAAUAACAGAAGCAGUAAUUGUGAAAGACACAACUGCCAAGUUAUUGUAAGAAUAAAGCCAAGAAAGACAACGAACGAUAUGAAUAAAAUGAACGAAAAUGACAUAGGAACAAGAGGUGGGAAUUAUGAGAACGUGAAAAAUAUUAGAUAUAAUAAAAAGUGCCUUUACAUACAUAACCAGAAUUUUUCAUUUGAUAAAGUAUUUUCAGAAGAAACGAAGCAGAUAGAAGUUUAUUCAUACUUAUCAGAUAAUUUUUUAAAUAAUUUAUUUGAAGGAUAUAAUUGUACCAUUUUUGCAUAUGGACAAACUGGUUCAGGCAAAACAUUUACAAUGGGAUUUGAUUACAUGAAUGAAUUCUCUGAAAAUGUUGGUAUUUUACCUCGAUUUUUAAACGACAUAUUUAAUAUAAUUGAAAAAAAAAAAAAAAAAAUAGAUUUCGAUGUGUCAUGUACAUAUAUCGAAAUUUACAAUGAAGAGAUUAUCGAUUUAAUAGACUUUAAUGAAGAAGAUUAUAAUGAAAAAAUCAACUGUAAAAAUGCAAAAAACAAAAAAAAAAAAAAAAAAAGUAAAAUAAUAAACAAAAAUAUAUACAUAAGGGAAGAUAUGAAUAAAAAGGAAAUAAUACUAAUGGGGAUUAAAAAUGAAAAAGUUCAAAAUGUGCAAGAUGUUUUCAAUAUUUUGCAUAAAGGAAAUUUAUUUAGAACAACGGAAAAAACAUUUAUGAAUGAAAAAUCAAGUAGAUCCCACGCAAUUUUUACAGUUAAUCUAAUUCAAAGAAAAAAAACAAAAAGUAACAACAGAGAGGAAGAUCCCGAGACAGAGGAGGAAAAUUUAAAUAACAACCAUCAAUCUAACCGUAUUAACAAUCCUACAGAGAUACAGAAUAAAUCUAACAUAAAUAAUAAUGAACGAGAAGAAGGAGGAACUACAACUACCAAUGGUGAUGCUAAUACAAAUGAUGGAGAAGGAAAAAAUGAUUUUGAUUUGGAAAAAGAAGAUAAUAACAAUGGAAAUAGGAUAGAAAAUACAAACAAAUCAGAAGUGAUAUGUUCAAAAUUUCAUUUUGUCGAUUUAGCAGGAAGUGAACGGGCCAAAAGAACAGAAACAAAGGGAAAUAGACUGAAAGAAGCAAUAAAUAUUAACUAUGGAUUAUUAUCACUAAGUAAUGUUAUUUAUAGUUUAUCUAGUAACAAGAAGAGUCAGCAUAUUCCAUACAGAAAUUCUAAGUUGACGAGAAUACUUCAGGAUUCUCUAGGAGGAAAUAGCAAAACAGUUAUGAUUGCAUGUAUAAGUAUUGAUAUUGUUGAUUUUUAUGAAUCUUUAAGUACAAUAAAAUAUGCUGCAAGAACUAAAAAAAUUAAAAAUAAACCAGUGAUUAAUUACGAUAUUAACAGUCUAGUUAUUAACGAUUUAAGAAAACAAUUAUUCAACUUAAAUCUUGAAUUGAAAAAAUAUAAAGUGGAAUGUAAAGACAAAUACAUAGAUGUGGACAACACAUUGGUGAAGGACUUAACUAGCCAAAAUAAAUUAUUAAUGCAAAAAAUGAAAAACUUAAAAAUGAAAAGAAGAAAACUAAUUUGUUUAAUAUUCUACUAUUUGACCUUAUUAAAAAGGAGAAAUCAUACACAUGCCAAUGAUUUUAUCAAUUCCAAUAACCUCGUGAACAAUGAAAAAAAUCACUCUGUCAGUUCUUUUAAUGAAAAUAUAUACAAGUCCAAGGUAGUAAAUUCCCCAGAUAUUGCACAGGAGAAAACCUUCAUAAAGAAAGAAUGGAAUUCCACAAGUGCGAAAUUAUUUCAAGUUUACAUGAAUGACAAUGUUCUUAAUGUUAAUCAUAGCGGAACAAAUGUCGAUCAUAAGGGAACGAAUGUUAAUCAUAUCGGAACGAAUGUUAAUCAUAUCGGAACGAAUGUCGAUCAUAUGGGAACGAAUGUUAAUCAUAUCGGAACGAAUGCUAAUAAUAUCGGAACGAAUGUUAAUCAUAUCGUAACGAAUGCUAAUAAUAUCGGAACUAAUGUUGAUCAUAUUGGAACUAAUGUUGAUCAUAUUACUUGUGGAACUAUUUGCAAAGCAGGGACAGACAGCGUAAGUCACAGUGAUCACCCUCCAAAUGAUCUCAUCCACAAAUGGAGCAACCAUUUUAGCUUUAGUUUAAAUUCAUUUUUUCAAAAAAAAACCAAAGUGGGGAAGGAAAACGAGGAAAAUGUGAAAAGAAAUUUAUCGGAACAACUGAACUUAGUCAAUGAUAAACAUUGCACACACAUUUCCAGAUAUAGUUAUGACAAUUCAGAUGGAAUAGUAGAUACCCAUUCUAACCCUUUAAUUAGGAAAGAUAAUUUUGUUCAUAAUGAAAAAUCGUAUCAUUAUUGUGCCAUUAAACACAGUAACAAUGAGUAUAUAGAAGAAAAAAAUAGAAAAAAAGAACACGAUAUGAAUAGUAUAACAAAUAAUGGAUCCUACGAAGGAACCAAAGAUGAAAUGUGCCCAUGCUUUGAACAACUUUCCUUACAAAAUAAGGUUGACAAUACUAUUGAUAAAAUUGGACUUGAUAGCCAAAGCAAACUUGAAGAAAGUGUAACAAUCUUCUUUCCAGAAAAAAAUGCUAAAGAAGGUAAUGUUUUGACAAAUAUACAAAAAGAAAACUCGCUGGAUCUCUCACUAAAUGUGAAAGAAGCUUCUAACGAAGAAACUCCAAAUAAGAAUCCAUCAAAUUGGGACUCUAUCACUGGAACCAAUAAGAUAUGUACUAUGUGCCAAAAAGAAACGAUGGUAGAAGACAAAGAAGAUUCAUGUGAUCCGGAUUUCAAUAUGUUAGAAAAAAAAUAUCUAUUCAUGAAUUUAGAAGAAGAUCAAAAAUGUGUAGAACACAUGUUCAGGCAAUUUGAAUUAAAUAGAUACAAUGAAAAAAAGUUAAAGGACUUGAACAAGAAAUAUAAUUCCAUAUUUGAGAAAAACAAAGGUUACGAAAAAAAAAUUGACGAAUUGAAAAAAAUUGUUAAAAAAAUGAAAAAAUAUGCAAAAUUGAGUUCAGGGAACAAGUGCGACAAAACAAUAAGGAAAAAAAAAAAAGCAAUAAAAUGUGUUAGAUGCAAAAAGGGAACUACAGAUGCUAACAGCAAAAGAGGAACAAAAUCAGGGGGGAAUACAUAUCAAUACGACUCAAUUACAUGGAAAAAAUUGCUUCACAUGCAUCUGCAUAAUGAAAAUUGCAUCAUUCAUCAUAAGCGUAACCAUUUUAGUGACGUCGAAUUCGAAAGAGAAAUGAAAAGGAAAAUGUUAAAAUAUUUUGCAAAAAAAAAGAGCUUCACGGAUACAGAAGUUAGUGUAAAGGAGUGUAACUCAUUCUGUAGCUAUGUGCCAAGCGAGGAUCAUGAUAAGACACGAAAAAUGCAUCUACUUUACCACAAUUUGAAUUAUCGCCAAAAUGGGAAUUAUUUUUACAGGAAUCAGAAGUUCAAUGCCAUAUUACCAAUCGUAAGAAGACUUAAAAAAGGAUUGAACAGAAAAAUAAGAAGCAGGGGACGGAGCAAAAACAGGAGAAAAACAGAAACUGCAGACAAUAAUGAAAGCGUCCCAUCUAAUUUUAUAUGUUCAAGCAACAACGCCGAUUUAAAACUCUUUGAAAACUUCGCCGAGGUUGAGGUUUUCCCCUUGGAAAGCAAUGACAUGAGAAGGAAGGAUCCUAAAAAUGUGGAAAAAAUAUAUCCCCAAGGAGUCCAAAAUAAAAACAAAAAAAAUGAAAAGCAGAUUGAUACAAUGGACAGAAUGAGCGGAGUAAAUAUUACAAACCUGCGUAGCAAUUUUUCAGGAAUUGGUAAUAACAUGUAUAAUUUCGAUUUCGUAGAUUACAAAAGAGGGUAUAAUAAAAUAGAAUGUGGUACGGGAGAUGAACGAAGGGAGGAUGGAACUGAUAAUAAAACUGAUAAUAAAACUGAUGAUAAAACUGAUGAUAAAACUGAUGAUAAAAGUGAUGAUAAAACUGAUGAUGAAACUGAUGAUAAAACUGAUGAUAAAACUGAUGAUGAAACUGAUGAUAAAACUGAUGAUGAAACUGAUGAUGAAACUGAGAAUAUUUAUGAGAACAGCCAUUCGAGCAGUUGUGAGAGGGGAAGUGAUGCCGAAAGCAGCUGUAGUAGCGGAAGGGAAAGUAGGAGCUGUGGAAAUAUGUCCUCUAAAUUUUUGAAAAAUAAACUAAAUAAACUGCAAAAAAUUAUCAAAGAAGACAUUUGUAAAAUUAAAAGAGUGAACAAAGAAAAAGAAGAAUACAACGCCAGAAAUGAACUUCUCGCGAAUAGCAUAAUGAAUUUAAAGAAAAAACUACAACAUUUACAAGUGAAUAGCCAAAAUGACAAAAACUGCAAGAAGAUAGAAAACAUGAAAGGGGAAAUACAAAGAAUUACAAAUGAAAAGGAAAAGAUUCAAAAAAAAUUAAACGACAAUGAACAACAAAUUAAACACUUAAAGGUAGAUAUUAGUAAAAUGAAAAAUAAUUUUUUAAAAACUAGUACAUUACUAAAAGAAGAACAAAGAAAACAUACGAAUAUUAUUCGUAAAAAAGAAAAUAUAAUAACCAAAUUACAUGAAAGAGAAGAACAUUACAUUAAUAAACUCAAAAAAAAGGAAGAAAUAAGUAAACAGGCAUAUUCAAAAUUGCUCAAAAGAAAUCAAGAACUAAAUGAAGAAUUAAAAAAAUUAAAAAAAAAUCGAACUAAUAGUAAAACUGGAAAAAUUAAUACAAAAAGGCGUCAAGAAAAUCAGACAAUUGGGUUCACCAAUAAGGGAACCAACUCUGGAUUUGCCGCUACAAGGUUUCAGAAACUUGUAUUGGAACGUACAGAUACUGUACCAGUAUUUCCCGUUGACGAUCACAAUUAUGCCAAUAUGGAUGGUGGUCAGGUCAGUAAGGAUAGAAGCCAUGCCAAUAUGGAUAGAAUCCAUGCCAAUAUGGAUGGAAGUGAAGCCAAUGUGGAUGACAAAGAUGAAGAUGAUGAGUACAGUGUGAACAGUCCUAUGUAUCAUAACUUCGAAGUAAAGGACGAUUUUAAUGCUUCAUCUCUGAGCACCAUCCUUUCCGAUGAUAUAAAAUCAGUGCACUCAAAUUCAGACUCCUCAUCGUGGAAGACAGAAAAGAACAAUUUAUCUUUACACUCCCGUUUUAAAUUCAAUAUGAGUGAAUACAAAUUUCAAAAGAGCUUAAAAAAUGAUAUAAAAAUUAAGAGCUAUUUAAAGGAGUUUUUGAAAAAGAAGAAGAAACUCAACUCGAUCAAGGCAAAAUUAGACAAGGAAAAAAGUAUGAACAGACAGGUUAAAAAAAUUCUACAGGCUUUGCAAGUAAAGAAGAAAAAUGAAGAUGAAGAGGGGAAUGGGGAGAACUGUCUUGUGAAAGAUUUAAACAUACGAACAGAAGAAAAAUCUCUGAACAUGAGUAAUAAUGGGAGUGUAUGUAUAUAUCCAGAUAUCAGCGGAGAAGAACUUUUGGAAAAAAAACUAUUUCAUAAAAAAGAAAGUACUUUAGAAUUUAACUCGGAUAGGCAAAAAGAAUGUAACGACAAAAGCCAGAGUAAUAAAGAAAUGCUUCAAGAAAAUUCCAUCUCUGUGAAUGACAAAAGUGGAGAAGAAAAUUUGAAAAUUUCAUUAUGUGAUGAAAAAAUCGAUGAAGAUGUUUUAUAUUAUGAAAACAAACUAAAAGAGUCCAACGAAUUCAUAAAAAAGUUAAAAAGAGAUAUUAUUACAAAGAAGGAAGAAUUCAUUUUGCAAAAAGUUGUAAAACAUUUACUGAAGAAGCUACAUUUCAAUUUUAAAAAAAGAAAAGAAAAUGAAAAAAAAAUAAAAUCAUUAAAAAAAUUUAUCUAUUCUGAAAAUUUGUUUAUAUCGAACAUUUGUAAUAAUUUUUUUUAUUUGACAAAUGUAACAAACAAUUCAGUAGCGACAAUUGGUGGCAACCCUUAUUUGAAUAAUCCUAUGACGAUCCCAAUUUAUUCAAAUCAAAUAAAUAACAUACAUGAUGAAAAAUCAAAUGGAUGGUUGAAUAUUACUUGCACAGAAAAAAACAUAAAGAAUAGAAAUCCAGGAAUAGGUGAUUUUUUCCCGAUAUACAAAUUUGAUCAGGUUAAUGGAGUCCUACCAAGAAGCAUUCAUGGGAAUGUUUUUUUGAAUGGUAAGAAGAGAAAUACAUUUAACACUUUGAGAGAAUUUGAUUCCAGUUUUGAAAAGAAGAAGAAUAACACAAAUUUAAAAAAGAGAAGUUAUAAAAGUAGACUAAUGGAAAAUAUACAUUUAAACAAUUUUAAUAAAAGAAGAAUUGUUUUAUCAAGAAGUAACGAUUUCAUCGAAAAUGGCAACUGUGAAACUAAAAGAGGAAAGAGAUAUUCAGAUGGAUUUUACUUAAACAAAAGUUGUAGCUCAUAUCCAGAAUUUAAUGCUACUAUAUCAGUUCAACAGAGUCUAGAUAUGACUCACAAUGGUUAUGAACAAAUAAAUGAAAUACCAAGUGAAAGGGGGAAAAAUAUCAAUCUUAAUGCAUUGAAUAUUUUAUGUGACAACAAUUCAGGUAUAGAAAAGGAAGAACAACAAAUGAUGCACCCUACCAAAGAUUUCGAUAAUAACAUUGAUUAUGUUACACGCCCAAAUUUAAACAUUAAAAGAAAGACAAUAGAUAAUUGCUACAUUUAUGCGAAUAAAGAAAAUGGGUGUAAUUUCCUUGACUAUUAUAAAGACGUUUUUUCGAGGGAUCAUUAUAACAUUAACGAUACUAAUAGUGAUGAAAAGGAAAACAAAAAGGAUUUCAUCACUCAUUUUGAUCUGAACCAAGGUUUGUCAUUCAAUAAAUCUGAAGAACAACAAUACAUAGGAUUGCCAGCAGAAGAAAGCCAAUCAUUUUUACAUAACACUAAAUAUGACAAAAAUAAUAUUUGUCCUAUAGAUUCACUAAAACGUUCAUAUAUGACAAAUAAGGAGAGUAAUAAUGAGACCUUUUCAAAUGAUAAGAAUGAAUUAAAUGAAACUAAACGAUUAGGAGAAAAUGUACAAGAUAAGGAAAGUAAUUUUUUAAAUUACAAAAGUCCCCAUGCUUCUAACAUGAUAGAAAAAAAAAAAAAGAGUCGAGAAUUAAAUCGUGAAUUAGAUCGAGAAUUAAAUCGUGAAUUAGAUCGAGAAUUAAAUCGUGAAUUAGAUCGAGAAUUAAAUCGUGAAUUAGAUCGAGAAUUAAAUCGUGAAUUAGAUCAAGAAUUAAAUCGUAAAUUAGAUCAAGAAUUAAAUCGUGAAUUAGAUCAAGAAUUAAAUCAAGCAUUAAAUGGAGCAUUAACAAAUAUGCAUAUUAAUGGGGAGGACUACCACAUGGGUGAUAAAGGAAAAAAUCGUGAAUUCCCAAUUGGGGAUAAGUAUAAGACAAAAAAAAAUUUCGAAGGAGGAUGUGACAUCAGUUUAUGUGAAAAUAAGAGUAUCCAGAACGCAGAAGGCAUGAAGGGAAACUUUUUUUAUACAUGUACAUCAUCUUCUAAUCAACAUUUUAAGGAAAACAAAUUGGAUUUUAUUUGCCCACCACGUAAAAUGAGUCGAAGUGGAAUCUUCAAUAAGGAUCCAAACAGGAAUGGAAGUGGCAGUAACAGCCGGAAUAGCAACGAAUGUGCAAACCUAAAUAAGAACGAGAAUGAUUACAAAAAUGAAAAAAAUACAAUGAAUAAAACAACACAAAGUCUGAACAGCACAAGCACAGACGGAAUAAAGAAAAGACAACCAAAGGUCUGUACUAUUAAAUCGAAGAGUUUAGACGAAAAUAAAAUGGUUCAUAAUACCCUAUCAAAUGUUAAAAAUACUUGCAAACAGAAGGAGAACAAAUUGAAUGAUAUCUGCUCAGAUGUGCCUGUAAGAAUUAUGAGAGGAACAAAUUUAACAGAUGCAGAGACAAAAGAUUCGGAAAGGAUCGAACUUACUGAAUUGGCAAAAUUGGUGAAAAUGGUGAAAACUGUAAAAAAUACAGAAAAUCAAAAUGACAGUACAAAAGAGGAAUACAAAACUCGAAGAAAAAACAUUUCACUCAAUGCAGAAACAAAGCUGGUGAAGAAGAUUAACGUAAACAAUUGCUCUACAAAUCAGACAGAAGAAAAAGCUCAUCACAAUGUAUUAGUCGAAAAGGGAGAUAAUUCUGCGUAUAAAAUUGGAGGAAUUAUGUCUGAAAUGGACUCUUCAGCAAUUGCUCAGUGGAACAGCAGUAACAGCAGGAAUGAUACAAAAUGUGAGAAUUUUUACAAUUAUGGAAGUCUGAAUGAGAGGGGUGAAAUGACCCUAAGUAAUGAUAAUCUCCAGUUUGGAAUUAACGGGGAAGAGUUUAAAAAGAUAGAAAAAAUACACGAAGAGAGCAUUAAUGUUUUUAAAAACAAAAUGAAUAAUUUAAACAUAAACAAUGAAUCGUUUGAUAAUAUAAACAUGAUAGAUAAACAGUUUAAAGGAAAAUUGCACAGCUGUGGGAACUAUGAUGUUCAUAAUUGUGCAGGAGAAUUCGCAAAUAGCAACACAAAUAUACAGAAAAGUUAUAAAACUGUAUGUAUAAAGAAUUGUCAUAAAUAUGGGGUAAGUGGUUUAUGCGUUAAGGGAUCAAACAGCAAAGGUUUAACAUUUUUAAGUAGCUCAAUAAACAAUAUAAAGUUAUGGGAUGGUAAAAAAAACAUAUGGAAUUAUGAUCAUAUAAACAUAAAAAAUGAAAAAAGUACAUUUAUAAAUAGCUUAAUUAUAUCUUUUCAAAAAAAUUGUUUUUUCUCUGGUAUCAAUAGUUACGUACAUUUAUUUGAUAUUCGAACAAAUCCUGUUUCUUUGCAAAAAUAUUAUUAUAGUGACAAAAAUGAUGGCAGUUUAUUAAUUUCUUUACUAAAUGACAAAUCUGAUUAUAUACCCUUUAUAUUACAGAAUGGGGAAAUGUCCACUUUUAACAACACAAAAGAAUAUAUUUGGAAUGACAACAACUCGACAGAUGUAAGUUGUACAUAUGAAGAUUUGCAUAAAUCGGAGCAGAUGUACCUAGGAGAAGACAUAAAUGUGGAUUCCAAAGCCAACGCCUCAUCUAUGAAGCAAGAAGAAAAUAACCAAAGGAACAACCAAAAUAAGAGCCAAAAGAACCAUCAAACAAAUAGUAUUAAUAAUAACAAAAUAGAUGCAAAUGAAGAAGAUGCAAAAGAUAAAUUAAAAGUAAUUAAAGAUGUCGAAAAUUUCCAAUCCGAGUAUUGUAUAUGUGCCUGUGGAAAUGAGAAUUUUAUUAAAGUUUUUGAUAUCAGGAAAAAUGAUGAAAAUAUGUGGCUAGCCAAAAUACCAAUAACAAAUAAAAUUGAGUAUAUAACACACAUUCCAAUAAAAAGAAACGGAAGAAAUGUUACAAAAGAUUCCAAUAUAUUAAAAAAUGUAAUAAUAGCAAGUAGAGAUAAGACUGUGAAAAUAUGGAAAAAGGGAUGGGUGUCUUUUUAUCCCCCUUCCUAUGAUUGGUGCACGUCACUAUCUAAUUUCAAUCUUUCGGAUUUGAUCAAAAAUAAAAAUAAUUUAAAUAUCAUGGAACGGUCAGACGAAUAUGCAAAUAACUUUUUUAAUUAUGAUUCGUUAAUUGUAUCUGGAAGUAGAGAUUCUCACCUCCGUUUUUGGCUUUACGCAACAGAUAAUACAACAAAUGAAUUUAACCGAUUCAUGAAAAUUAUUAAAAAUGCUCAUAUGGUGGAUAUAACGAGUAUAUCCAAAUAUCAAACCAAUGCUCUAGUUACCACGGACAGGGAUGGAUAUAUUCAGAUGUGGGAUUGCAACUUAUUAAUAAAUGAUAAUGAAAAAUCUUUACUUGAUAUGGACAUAUAUAAUAACCAGCUUAACCUUGCAGUAAACAAAAUAGGGAAAACACUCAGGCACUCAUCAAAUGCCAUCAACAAGGUGGUAUGUUAUGAAAAUCAUUUUUUAACUGCUUCAAGUGACGGGUCAAUAAAAAUAUUCUGCGAAAAAUAA